AAGCGCAGAAGCAGCUUCAUGAUGGUGGACCGCAUCUAUAAGCCACUCUUAAAGGACGACGGCGAUGGACAGGUAGAUGUUUCUGUCUGACUGUGCUCUAUUUGUGUUGUGGGGUUGCCAAGUGAUGCCGUAUUCAAGGAUCAUAAUCAUAUACUGAAAAAGAGGCAGGAUAAAGACGUUCCCCGACGUGGAAACAGUUAGUUUGGGAUUAAUUCUGGAAACAUGGCAGUGUCCCUAACCCAAGCCUGCAGGAGUCUUGCCCUGUCUACAUGGCUGCUGUCGUUUUGCUUCGUGCAUUUGCUGUGUCUGGACUUCACAGUGGCAGAGAAGGAGGAAUGGUACACUGCCUUUGUCAACAUCACUUACCUGGAUCCAGUCACAUCUGAAAUAAAGACGGACAAGAGUGAAUGUGGCAGAUAUGGGGAGCACUCACCUAAAAGAGAUGCCAGGGGCUUUGUGUUUAUGCCAUCUCUUCUGCAGGACAGACAGGUGUGUGACAGUAACACUAAAUUCCCUCUCCCUCAUCCCAACAUCCCAUGGAUAGCACUGAUAGCCAGAGGAAACUGCACCUACAGGGAGAAGAUCAGACACGCUGCUGCUCUCAAUGCAUCCGCUGUGGUCAUUUUCAACAUGGGCUCCAGCAACUCCAAUGAGACCAUUACUAUGCCACAUCACGGAACCGGCGAUGUGGUGGCGAUCAUGAUUCCCGAGCCCAAAGGUCGUGAGAUCAUGGCCCUGCUGGAGAAGAACAUAACCGUGGCCAUGCACAUCACCAUCGGCACGCGCAACCUGCAGAAAUACGUAAGCCGCACUUCUGUGGUGUUCGUCUCCAUCUCCUUCAUCAUCCUGAUGAUCAUCUCUCUGGCCUGGCUGGUCUUCUACUACAUCCAGCGCUUCCGCUACGCAAACGCACGCGACCGCAACCAGAGGCGAUUGGGCGACGCUGCAAAAAAGGCCAUAAGCAAGUUACAAGUGCGGACCAUCAGGAAGGGUGACAAGGAAACCGAGUCGGACUUUGAUAACUGCGCAGUGUGCAUCGAAGACUACAAACCUAAUGAUGUUGUCAGGAUCCUGCCGUGUCGUCAUGUCUUCCAUAAGAACUGUGUGGACCCGUGGCUGCAGGACCACAGGACCUGUCCCAUGUGCAAAAUGAACAUCCUUAAGGCGCUGGGCAUCCCGGCCAAUACAGACUGUUCUGAUGACAGCCCUCCUGAUUAUGAGAUGUCCGUCAGCGGGCCGCCCACCAACCCUGUGACGGGCGCUAGUGAGGUCUCAGUGGGCGAGAGCCUGGUGGUCCUGGACCCAGCUGUCAGAGCAAUAGGACUGUCUCAUAUUUCCCACCAGAUGGACUCGUUCCUGCAGUCUGGAGAGAGCCGCCACAUCGCCAGCAGUGAACACCAGCCCUCCAUGAGCACAGAUUCAGACACCUCACUCGUCAUGCCAGUGGAGCUCGUCCUGUCCAACAUUGAACUGCGGUCUGAUCCAGAACAGGACGAGGUGAAGUCCUGAAGUACCCAAACAGAGUGGGACCGCAGCAGGACAAUGAAAGAACACGUGCAAUAGCAGCACAGGUGUGCAACCUCCUUUUUCUGACCUCAUGGUCUCCAUCACUGCAAAAAAGGCUUGCUUGUCCUCUUCCUCUGGCUGUUUUGCACUCAAUGUCUUCUAUCUCGAGUUUGUGUUACCAGACUGGAAAAUCCACAUGGUCCUAUGAGGGAUGUUUACCCUUUUAUUUUGGAAAAUUUAGACUGUUUCAACUUCACUAUGGAGACACUGCCAGUAUACACCAGGAUAUUUCAAAAUGAAUAUACGUAAUGCUUCAAUGAAAUUGCUUUAAGUGGUUU